AUGAACAAUUCCUUUAAGUAUUUAUUAUUUUUCUGACAAUUAAAUAUUUGGUAAGAUUGAUACAAAUGUCUGUUCUCUAGUAGGAAAUCAAUGGAGAAAAAGGAAACUAAAGAAAUGAAUAGAAACAAUGAGGACAUUUUAAAGAAACUCAGUCACACACAUCUGGACACUGGUUAUUGGAUUCCUCUAAUUACAGAAAAGAUUGAGCUUCAGAGUUCUGAAGUAUUAAAAUAUUUUGAUUAUGAAGAUUAUACAGAACUAGAAGCCAAAAUUAAAUAUGCCUGGGAGAAAAGGGCUUUGCAGAAACUCUUUAACUUGCCAGACAGCAGCAUGGACUUAACUGAAACCCAACAAAUUCAUUUAAAAGCAUUGAAAGCAAGAAAUAAACAUGCUGCUGAGAUACUGAACAAACUGAAAGGGUUAAAUAAUGAAGGAAAAAGUCAAGAUGAUGAAAGUGUCAGACAGAGGGUGAAGGAAUUGAAGAAAGCCAUGCAGAUCCCUACUGAAUAUCAACCACCCCCUGAGAAAAGAUUCGUUGAUUUAAUAGAUUAUUUCCAAAGUCAAAUUGACCUCAUAGAGGAAUCUUUUUUACAAAAAGAAAAUCUGUCAGAUGAAGAGAUCCUCAACUUGGCAUCUGGAGGGUUAGCACUUGAGGGGAUCUAUAUCACAGAAAACAAGAACGAUUUGCUUCAGAAACAUGAGAAAUUAAUUUGUGUUCCUAAAAGUUUCAAACUUUGUGGACCAGAACAAGGUCCAGUCCUAUGGCAAAGGGAAUUUGCCUCCGUUGAUAAAGAAAAGGAUUUCCAAAACUUUGUUGAGAAAUUUGGACUAAGUCUAAGUUGUUGCAUCCCCGGUGGGUUUUUCAAUCUUGGUGUUAAAAUGAAAACAAACUGCAGUGAGUCUUCAGAGUCUGACAAAUUAAAUAAAAAACUUAAUGAGCAGAUUUAUGUUUCCAAAACUAAAUUUAACUGCAUUCCACAAGCUUCCUGUUACUUUACAAAGGAUCAAAUCAGACUUUCUGAAGCCGCUUUCAAAUGUUUAAAAGAAAUUGAGAAUAAAAUUGAAGAUCAUAACACAGACUUAGAAACAAUAAAAAAUGAAUGUGAAUAUUUUUAUAAAACAUUUGGCUCUCACGUCAGCUUGGGCCCGAUACAGUUUGGAGGAAUAUUCUGGUGGAAAGCAUCAAGAAAAGGAUUUAAGGUUGCACAGUUGCAGGAAGCCAAGAAAACAAUAUCUGAAACACUUGAUUUCUUUAUGGCAGCUACUUACUAUGGAUGGGGAGAAAACUUAGACGUUAAAAGCUCAAAACUCCCAGUUUACCUUCAUAAGUCAAACUUUUCAGAAGAUAUUUCUGUUUUGGUGAUGAAGACUGGAGGCCCACAAAUAAAAAAUUCUCUACAACAAUGGAAGGCAGGUCUUGUAAACAACAGUAGAACUUGGAGUAUUAUUGACAGAGGUUUCCAGCUGAUGCCCAUAUGGGAAUUGAUUCUGUCCAAUCACAAAGAUGAUUUUAAAAAUUGUCUAAACAUUGCAACAUGUCUUGCUAAUUCAUACAAACUACUGACUAAUCUCCCCAUUGAAACAUUUUAUGGAAAAUGUCUAUUUUAUGAUAUGGAUAACAUAAAAAGUGCCUUACAGGGAAUGCCAGGGGGAGUAGACAAUGCCAAAGAACACUUGAUGACUAUUCUUGAACAUAAACAUGCAAUAAAUCAAGCAAAACAUUCUAGUUCUUGGGUAGGCAUAUGCCUAGAUAAUCGAGACUUUCAGGACUUUCUGAUAAAAGUUGUUGAGAAAUACAAAUCUUCCUCUGAGAAUCACAUGAUCAAAUUGCUACUUCGUGCAGUCCUUGAGCCUGACAUUUAUUCUUUUGAAAAUUUUACAGAGAAGUCAUUUAUAUUAAAAUGGAUCAAUGAUUCAAAAAUGGAUGAAUAUCAUCAUUUUUCCAUUUCUGCAUAUGAACAAUUUACUGACAAAAUAAAAAAAUCAAAAGAUAUUCUUAAAGUGGCCUCUCAGUAUAAUCCAGAUACAGUGGAAUCACACCAGGCAAAGGUAAGAGCAACAAUAGAAAUGACUCGUGCAUUGUGUUUGCUGCUAAAAUGCUUGAGAAAUACCAAGGAAUUUGAUGCAGAACUUCUAUUGCUUUGUUUUGCCAACAUUACAGGAUUUUGUCUACAGAAUUAUGCAUUUCAAGGCAUUUUGGGAUUGGAAGAUAUAGAAUAUGUGGAAGACUCUAUCCACAUAGCCUAUCAUUUAUACACAAAUCUAAGAAAGGAAAGUAAACAGAAAUUCCAGGGUCGUGUAUUGCUGGCUAGUUUGGCCCUUUUAGCAAACAGUGAGCAGCCAUCAUCAAAAGACAUAAUAAAACAUCUUAAUUUUAUGGUUACAUUUCUGGGCAAUUCACUCUCUGUUACUAUUUCAAAAAUUCUAAAAAAAUACUAUGAAAAUUUAGAUUUUGUUAGUCUGAAAAAUGAUCUUAAAACAUUCAUUUCAUCACAAAACAGAAGCAAUAAUACAGAAUUAAAUGUUGAAAUGUUUUUUCUGGAAUUGGAACAUAUUGGUCAACAUAAAAAAAAUGGUGAAGAAAUUAUCUCUGAAGUUAAAUUGGAACACACAAAUGUGGAUUUACAGAAUUUACUUAAACAUCUCAAUCUUGAAAACUACUAUCCAAAAAAAAUGAAUAUUUCUGACUUCCGUAUAAUCUGUGACAUUGCUCAUAAGCCCCCAUCAUUCCAAUUUUUGCAAAAAUUGCUACAUUUUGAUUACCGGGCAAGAUAUUUAAAGCACAGUUAUGAAGAUAAAUGUGGAAAAUUACCCACAACCCAAGCAAAUGUUACAGAGAGUCCCACCAAAGAGAAUUUUACUGACUCAGAUGUGAAUAGUUUUGACGGUUUUUUAAAACUCACUGAGGUGCAAUCUAACAAAAGUAUCACAAAUGUACAGUCUAUCCACCCUAUGGAUCUUCAGAUGGCAAUUUUACACUGUGCUGAUGAUUUAACCAGACAAUACAUCUACAGAAAACUUUCAUUUUGUCAGUUUGCUCUUCCCCUCUUGGUUCCUGAUCCUAAUUCUGGGAAUGUAGAAUUUCCACUCUGGGCAUUCUAUGAUGUACAAAAGAAGUGGCAGAACAAUCUUCAAAAGUGUGAAACUAAGAUAAAAAAAUCCAAUGAAAAGUAUAUAAAGGAAGCAAAGUUACCAAUAGUAGGUUUCUUUCGGUUUGGUGACUCCUGUACAUCAAAAUCCCAACUUCUUAACUCUUUGAUGAGUAAGCGAAAACACGACAUCUUUUACCAUCGACACUGUGAAGGCAGCACAAAGAAGUCAGUACUAAUGAAAGGUGUUGCAGAGAUCGCCUGGUAUUGUCCAGGGGGGAGAGAUGAUGAUAUGUUUGAUGACUGCAUUGCCUUUACAAAUCUCCAUGGGGAUCUACGAGAACAUGAUAAGCAAGUCAACUUCUUACUGGACAUUGCCUCAGUCAUUGUCAUACUUGUAACAGAGGCUGACUUGGAAGAUACAAAGAGCAGAGAAUUUCUAAUGGAACGCUAUAAGUCUCCUAAACCUUUAAUAUGUCUGUUUUCUGAUAAAGAACAUAAUCUGUUACGUAAUGGCGAAAAAGUAAAAAUUGGCACAAAGAACAGAAACGAGGCAGAAUUACUCCAAGAACUAAAAAUAAUAAUUACAAGUAUGAUAGGGAAUACACUAAAUCCGUGUUCUUUGGAUGACUGUGUAGGUGUUGCAAAAGUAUUUGGUAUCUCUGUUGAUGUAGAAAGUCAAAUAUGUAAAUCUACUAAAGAACAAGCUCAGACUCUAAUGUCUUUGUUAAAUAAGAAAAAAGUUGUAGAAAUUAAGAGAGAAUUUCUUCCGCUACAAGGGGAUCUGUGGCACAAAUGGUGUCAGAAAGACAAAGAACUCAAUCGUCUCAAGGGAAACAGUAAUCAAAGUAUUGAACAACAACGUAGUAACAUUGAGUCACAGAAGAAGGAAAUUAGGCAGAAUCAGUUACAAAGAGCAUUAUCACUCAAUGUAUUUAUGACGUGCUUUCUAAAAACUGUACAGUCACACUCAGAUUUCUCCAAAAUGUACUUUCUGCAGUGGUUUAAAAUGCAUUUAGACAAGAUCACUGUCGAGAAUCUCCCACAGCUAAACCAGAAAUUUCAUGACUUGUGGUCAAAUAUUCAGAAGACAAAGAAAGAAGAAAAAAACAAAAAGGCAGUCGAAGAGAUGGAAAAAAGAUUAAACAGUCUAUCAGAUCAGAUAAAUGAUUCAACAUUUGGACUUGAACACAUCCUGAGAGAAGUGGGACAGAUCUAUGAGGCUUCAGUCACAAAUUCUAAAGGUGAUUCUAGUUUUUAUUUGUUACCACAAAUUGCUGCCAGUCUCAUGGUCUCUGGGCAGCCAAUAGAACUGAUGGAUGGGGAUUCAGCACAUGUGCCUCUGAGAUGGAUAGGAGCUGUUUUAGAUAAACUGGUUGAAAUACUUGGAGAUAAGAAACUUUUUGUUCUCUCAGUUCUUGGAAUACAAAGUACUGGGAAAUCUACUCUGCUUAAUGCCAUGUUUGGCCUGGAGUUUGCAGUAAGUGCAGGUAGAUGUACUCGGGGGGCAUUCAUGCAGCUUGUGAAGGUUGAUGAGCAUCUUAGAAAAGAGACAAAUUUUGACUUUGUGCUUGUAAUAGAUACGGAAGGUUUAAGGGCUAUGGAACUGUCCAAUGAAACAACUUUAAACCAUAACAAUGAGUUGGCUACAUUUGUAAUUGGCCUGGGCAACAUCACAUUGAUUAACCUUUAUGGAGAAAAUCCUUCUGAAAUGCAAGACAUUCUACAGAUAGCUGUUCAGGCAUUCCUGAGAAUGAAAUCAGUCAAUCUCAGACCAGGAUGUCUAUUUGUUCAUCAGAAUGUUGGGGAAAUCACAGCAGCAGAAAAAAAUAUGGAAGGACAAAGACGACUUCAAGUAAAACUGGAUGAAAUGACACAAAUUGCAGCAGAACAAGAACAUUCAGACAUUACUUGCUUUAAUGACGUGAUCAAGUUUGAUGUAAACACUCAUAUUUGGUACUUUGCCCACCUCUGGGAAGGUGACCCACCCACGGCUCCCCCCAAUCCAAGCUACAGUCACAAUGUGCAGUCUCUAAAAAAAAUGAUACUUGAUCAUGGAAAAGCACAAGACAAUAUUUUAUCUAUUUCUGAUUUUAAGAUCCGUGUAACUGAUUUGUGGAAUGCUCUGCUGAACGAGAACUUUGUUUUCAGCUUCAAGAAUUGUCUAGAGAUUGCAGCCUACAACAAGCUGGAAAGCAGAUACUGUAAGUGGACAUGGGACAUGAGAGAACAUAUGCUUAAUCUGCAAAACAAACUCACAAACCAAAUUGUAAACAGUGAAAUACAGAGUAUAAACAGGUUAUCUCUUCUUAAUGAUCUGAAAGAGAAAUAUGACAAAAUUAUUGACAACCUAAGUAACUUUUUCAGUGAUGAUAAAGAUGGCAAUAUAUUGAUCCAGUGGAAAGUGAAAACUGAGAUCAGACUGGAAGCUGUUAAAAAUGAUCUUGUAGAUGAAGUAAAGAAAAACUUGGAUGAGCAGAUACACAUAAAGAACAGCAUGAGAGAAACUGACCAAAUGAAAGAACAAUAUGAAGUAGAGCUGUUAACUAAAAGCAGAGAUUUGGCUUUAGAUCUUAAAGCAAAAGCAUUAAAUGACAAUGAGAUUGAGGAACAGUUUCAUACACUGUGGAGUGACUGGAUUGAAAAAGUGAAGGUCUCUAGACCAAUGCUGGAUCCACCUAACAUUGAAGUGGAUAUGGAAAAUAUUCUUCUAGAUUACUUUAAACAAGAGACAAAUCUAAUCAACAAGAUCAGGAGUUCUUACGAAUGGACCAAUUUAUAUCUGGAGUUUUCAAAAUAUAUCCAGACAAAAGUAAAGUGGCUUCGAAUGAGAUCUGAGAAACUUAAAAAAAUGGAAGACUUGGAAAUAAAACUAGAAACAGAAAAACUAAGAAACAAAAUUAAUAGAUAUAUUGAUAAGAAGGAGCAGGAUCAUAUGGACUAUCAGCUCAGCUACUUUUAUGAAAUCCUGCACAUCAUAGAGAAGGAACUGAGCACGUGGCUCCAUCCAAAGUUCGGGUUCAAGAAGGAAUUCAAGUUGUUUGUUUCCCUUUAUUUCUUGAAAGAGGCAAAGGAAAGAUUUACCCACCUUUCUCAUGAAUUUAGAUCACUGAAUGACCCAGUCAACCAUUUUGAAGCAAAGAAGAAUUAUUUUUCAAAAAUCUUUAAAAAUUCCUUUGCAGAAAAAGCAUCAAUUGCGUCACUGGCUGAAAUCUUAAGUGAUAAACUGACUGAUUCUAUAUUGGAACAAGUAUUUGCCCAGGCGGCUAUUGACUUAGUCAGUGAAAUAAAAUCCAACCACCCGGCUCUUAAUGGGAACAGAUCUAAAUUAGAGCUUCACCUCUUAAAGUCUCUGGCUGAAACUGAAUGUUUCCAAGAAUACAUUCUGUAUAUUGAUUAUCCCAAAACUGCAUUCACUGAGUUUUUGCAGAAAUGUGUUACUGAAUAUUGUAAAAGUAAUAAUUUAGAGAUUUGUAACAUUGUAAUGAGAAAUCUUGAUAAAUUAAAAAUACUUAUACGGGGAACUAUUGAGAAAUCAACUGAGGCUGUUAAACUUACCGGUGGUGAUAUUGAUUCCUGGGUUGGAACAUUCUGUAAAGAACUUGGGAGCCAUAUUCAGAUUUCACAGAGUGACUUUAGAAGUCUUCAGUACCAGAACAUAACAGAUGUAGACUUCCUACAGGAGGCAGUUACUGUGGCCCUGGAAACUGGGACUCAGAGCCUAAAUGAGGAAUUUUCUAAGUUUUGUUUAACAAACUUCAAAGCAAGGCUCCAUGAAAUAUUAUUUGAGCAGUUUAAUGCAUGUUGGCAUCAGUGCCCUUUUUGUAAAGUCAUUUGUACUAACACUAUAGCUGGGCAUGAUGGAGACCACAGUGUCCCAUUUCACCGCCCUCAGACAUUAGCAGGGUGGAAAUUUCGUGGUACAGAUAAGUUUGUCACAGACUUCUGCACCACUAAGGUAGCGAGUGAUAAGAAAUUUCGCGAGGAUGGUAAUAGCUUUCCAUACAAGAAUUACAGAUCAGCAGGACCUCCAUAUUCUGAUUGGUCUAUUACACCAGAUAACUCAGAGCAAUGUUACUGGAAAUGGUUUGUGUGUCGAUUCAAGGAAGAUCUAGAAAAUCUUAAGAAUAAAAAGUUUUAUGAUUCAGGGGCCAUCCCUGAACAAUGGAAGAAAUACACCAAGGAUGAGGCCAUUGCUGAACUGAAAAUCUAAUAGUGUGUAAGGAAGAUGUAUCAUAAUUUGUAAUCUUAUGAUCUAGUACAAUAUGACACAGGUCUGUACAGCUUUGUACUAAGACCUUAUUAUAUUUUUUAAUUGUUGUGGUUUUUGAAUUAUUCAAAUGUAGUUUGUUCUGCAACUCUGAGGCCUGAAAAUCUGGUUGCUAGGCUUAAUUCCAGUACCAAAGCAACAUUAUAAAUUAGAUUAGAAGAAGAAUAGGAUAACCAUUAAUGCAUACAGUGUAUCCAUUUUUUUGCUUGCUAGGGUCAGUGACCCUGAAAACUAUUUUUUUCACUAGCAGGCUGGAAAUAAAGUAGGAACCCAAAAAAACAAACACAUUUUAAUUUAAAGGCCAGCUUCUCCUUUUAGUAUAUUACUCACUGUAAUAAUAAUGUGAUAAUUGUAUCUAGUAAGGGGGCUGUUAAAUAAUGGCCUCUCAAGAGGUUCUGGGAGUUGGGAUUCAUCAAAUCAAGGUUCAUAGAUUGGAAAAUUCUUCAUGAUAGGGUUUUUCAUUGUCUGUUUUUAUAAGAUUUUCAAUUUUAGUGUUUGUGUGAUCGUGCCUUAUGGUUUAUGAAUGGUUUAUGGUUUUAAGUGUAUGUUAUCUCCCAAAUAAAAAUGAUGUCAAAUGAUAUGUUUUGCAGAUUUAAA